AUAGUUUCAGACCAUACUAGUACAUUCAUCGACUUCUCCUCAAAUCGAGCCAGUCACGCUUAAUUGAUACAGAACAAUGGAGCUGCCAUGGCUGCUCAUGCCGUCUUUUAUCCUUUUGCUGAAUGGAGUUGAAUUGUGUCUUGCAGAUAACGCCAAACGCUGGCAGUCAUUCAUCAGGAAGAUCACAGAAGCCACAAAUAAUUACCAGCCAUGCAGUCUGGAGAACUGCAGCUGUCAUCUCAGUGUCCUGAAAGAUGACCUUAGGCCAUUUAAAAAUGGCAUGUCUGAGGGGUUGAUGGCAGACACAGUCCACAGAGGUGUUGGUACUCACUACCAGAUCAUUGGGAACAAAUUGUACAGAGAACAAAGCUGCAUGUUUCCAGCAAGAUGCAGUGGUGUCGAGCACUUCAUCCUAAAAGUGGUUAACCGGUUGCCAGAUUUGGAGGUGGUGAUUAAUGUGCGCGACUAUCCACAGGUUCCUGGAUGGGUUCAGCCAGUCUUGCCUGUACUUUCUUUCAGUAAGACGGCAGACUACCAGGACAUCAUGUAUCCUGCAUGGACGUUUUGGGAGGGAGGUCCUGCUGUAUGGCCCAUUUAUCCCACUGGACUGGGCCGUUGGGACCUCAUGAGGGAUGACCUGAAAAAAUCAGCUGCUCGAUGGCCCUGGAAGAAAAAAAAUCCAAAAGGAUUCUUUAGAGGCUCUAGGACCAGUUCAGAAAGGGACCCUCUGAUCCUUCUCUCAAGAGAAGCCCCUGACCUUGUGGAUGCCGAGUACACCAAGAACCAGGCUUGGAAGUCAGAGAAGGACACUCUGGGUAGACCCCCAGCCAAAGAAAUCCCUCUAGUUGACCACUGUGAAUACAAAUACCUUUUUAACUUCAGAGGUGUGGCUGCUAGCUUUCGUUUGAAGCAUCUUUUCCUGUGUGGAUCCCUGGUUUUUCAUGUCGGCGAGGACUGGCUUGAGUUCUUCUACCCUCAGCUCAAGCCCUGGGUUCACUACAUUCCUGUCAAACAGGACUUGUCUGAUCUGAGAGAGCUGCUUCAGUUUGUGAAAGAAAAUGAUGCUGUAGCAGAAGAAAUUGCUGUGAGGGGCCAGAACUUUAUUCUGAAUCAUCUCCGUAUGGAGGAUGUGUCUUGUUACUGGGAGAGGCUCCUCACUGACUUCAGCAAGCUGCUCAAAUACAAACCCAAGAGAAAAUCUAAUUACAAUCAGAUCAUCCACAGAGCCAGCAGAUCUGAACUCUGACCUGAGGAAACCAUAAUGGGGAGACCAUCCUCCUUUUUGUCUGCCUUUAUUCUUGCUCUUCAUUCUGUUGCUCUUUAAACUGAUCUUAACAAGCUGAAAAUAGCGUUUAAAGGCAGCUCUGUGUGGUUAAUCCAGUGAAUCCUGCCAAAUGUCUCUAAGACUGUCUAUAUUGCUUCAAAGGAAUGUUUUAAAAUCAGUUAAGUUAAAAUACAGUGAUCUGCCUAAUUAUAAAAGAGACCUGUCCAGACCCUCAUCCUCUGGAUGUCAGAAAUAUUACACAGCUAUAAUAUGCUUGGUGUCUUCAUAGCAUUCAUCAGUCUCAUCACAAGUUCUUAAGGUCAUAAGAAGUCAGUUUGAAGUGUGGUGUUAAAUCUGAUGCAGGUGUAGCACAAUGCAAAAAUAAUUGAUUCUGAAACAGCAUAACAGACAACGACCUGCCAAAAAUGUUUCCUUAAAAUUGUAUGGCUUCAUCAUGGUCUUAGUGGAAUUGUUACUGUUUAAGCAACACUUUUUUUUUUUCUCCUGUUGAAGUUAUGUAGACAUUUUUCCAUUGCAGAUUUUUGGGGCAAUUUCAGUUGAAUAGUUAGGACUAGUUAUUUAAAGUGUCAAAACUGAAGCCAGUUCAAAUUAAUCCUGUCAUCUAGGCCAUAAGACCACAUUCAAUACAUUUGUUACAUGAAAUAAUGUCAGUAGAUUACUUUGAUCAAGUGUAGAAUGACUUUUUGUUGUAAAAAAUUAUUUCUGGAUCCAAAUGAUGAUUAGUGAUUUUGGAUGAACUCAAAAUGGUGUCAAAAAAACAUGUCUUCUAUAGUCACUAUCAAUGGAACAAUACCAGCAAAACCUCAGUAAAACAAUGUUAGUAGUAAAGUAUUGAUGACGUUAAUUUUGAUUCCACACUUAAGUGCCACUAGAGGAUCAUUUGAAUGUAAGCAUAGCUGAAUGAUACUGAGAUGUUGAAUAUGUUCUAGUAUUCCAGUAGAUAAUUGUCAACGUGUCUGUAGAUUUAAAAUGUUCCCACAGUCAUUUUUAUGACCUCAAACUAGUUAGUUGUUUUAAUAAAGGUAAUCAUGAACAAUAAAAGCUGGUUUUUUAAA